AUGAAGAGCCUGCUCCUGACUGUCCUGCUUCUGGGGCUGGUGGCUGUCCUGAAGGCUCAGGAAGACCUGCUAGAUGACAAGGAGGAUUUCUCUGGGACCUGGUACAUGAAGGGCAUGGUACACAAUGGGACCUUGCCAAAAAACAAGAUACCUGAAAGGGUUUUCCCUGUGACCAUAACAGCCCUGGAAGAAGGAAACUUGGAGGUCAAAAUUAUCAUAUGGAAGAAGGGUCAGUGCCAUGAGUUUAAAUUCAAAAUGGAGAAAACUGAGGAGCCUAACAAAUAUGUUACCUUCCAUGGCAAGAGACAUGUUUAUAUUGAAAAACUCAACACAAAGGACCACUACAUCUUCUACUGUGAAGGCCACUUCAAGGGGAAGCACUUCGGCAUGGGAAAGGUCAUGGGAAGAAACUCUGAGGAAAGCCCAGAAGCCAUGGAAGAAUUUAAGGAAUUUGUAAAGCGAAAAAAAAUCCCACAGGAAAACAUCUUUGUACCAGAGAUGAGAGAAGAGUGUGAGCCUGAAAGUGACUAG